AUGAAGAAAGCACACUCGGCGAGCAAAACAUUAGCAGCUGUUCACAUUGUAGUUUGGUACGCCUUCACGUUGAGAGAAUUUCAGCGGCAUGGCUGAACAGCCAGCGGAUGAGGACUUGCCGGGGCACAGUUGCACGGUGUGCUUCGAGAAGUUCUGUGCUUCCGACGCGCGCCGAGUCCCCAGGAGUCUGAAAUGUGGACACACGUUCUGCACAAGCUGCUGCAAGAAGCUCCUGAGGACUGACUCUAUUGACUGUCCGAAAUGCCACGAACUGAUGCAUUGCGGUAGCAGUGGUGUUGACCAGCUGAUCAAGAACUUUGGCGUGCUGGAUAUCGUGGAGUCCGCCCCGGCGACUCCGCUACAUUCGGCGGGUGGCACCGCGAGCGGAAGCAGCAUCGGCACGGAUCGCAAGUCGCUCUCGAGCCCGGUCAACUGUGCCGAUGCUCCGCCAGCAAACGGGACAGCGUGUGACAACUUCCGCUGCUAUAGUUGCCUGGAGCGGCUGCCCGACCUGUUUGCCUGCACGGACUGCCGGGCGGUUCUGUGCCUGGCGUGCAGCGAAGCCGUGCACCGCAUACCGGGCUUCCGCGAGCACCACGUCGUCAGGUCGACAGGGAUGACAGCGCUGCAGAUAAACAGGCUGUUACGUCAGUCAGACAGCACGGUGGGCGCCAGUAGCAUGGCACCGACUGGAGUGCAUCCGCAGUUAGACGCACACCUGCACUGCGAGGAGCACGAUGGGGAGCGGAAGAAGAUAUACUGCCGGACUUGCAGCGCCCUCGUCUGCAUUUACUGCCAGUUGCAUGGCAUACACCAGCAGCACGAAUGUGUACUGGUGCGCGAGCACGCACUCAGCGAGCGUGUUCGUCUGGAUCGUAUGUGUACGGCGGUGGAGCAGCGAAAGCAGCAGUGGCUGCAGGCGUACGGUGGCGUGAUGGACAUGGCAGAGUCUGUACGGCAUUCAGGAUCUCGGUUAGAGGAUGAGCUAGCGGAGCAUUUCCGCUGCUUACGUCACCAGCUUGAGCAGCGUGAGUCGGCGUUGCGCCAAGUGUUACGUGUGUUUAUCGACGAACGGCUGGAAACGCUAAACGAACAGGCUGGCAAUCUCUCGGCGCUGUCUAACCGCGCAAAGUCGGUGAUGCUGGCCGGCCGCGAAGCCAUGCAAAGCGAGCCCACACCACUGGUACUGGACGCGCCGCGCCUCACGCAGGAUAUCCAGCGGCUGCUGAUGGAGAUGGCACCGCUGCAUGCGCAGGCACGCGACGACAUCGUGUUCCGCUGGCCGCGCCUUGCAAUGGCCUCGGCAACCGUGCAACACUCGCUGGAUGACUCGGUCAGUCCAGACGCGGCAGACUCUUCGUCGCCUCGGCAUGAUUAUGAAUCUGAGUUUGCCGAUGGAGCAGGUGGCGGAAGUGGUGGCAAAAGCAUCGACUCUAAGACCCUGAUUGAGCUGAUCACGCACCACGGAGAGCUUAUGAUACUGCCCCCUGCCGUGUCGCCAUGCCACUGCACACCGUACCUACACGCCAUACGUAUAUUCUGGUCCGCGGUGGACAUGCCCGACCUGCCGCUACUGGAGUACCGCGUCGAGCACAUCUGCUGGAUCGCCAAGGAAACCGCCACCCCGGCCAAUGGCCCCGCGCCGGAUGACGAUGACGUCGUGCGUACAGCCGACGGCGAAGUCAUGCGUAUGGUCACUUACUCGGGUACGGAGGCAAGGUUUCCGACGACUCCGAGCAAACCCAGCGAGGUGGUGUCGGCCACCGUAACUCCCUCGUCUCCGGGCUCGGCCAUGAUCGUGUCUUCUCCUCCGACGGUGCGCGGCGCUGGCAGUGUAGAUGUCGUGGGAAAUAGUACUUCUGCUGCGGCGAACGGCACUGAAACCACCGCUGCAGAUGUUGCCGAAGAAGAUACGGACCGUUAUGCCACCCUUCUAGCCAGUGCUCGCCAGCCGAGCAUUUCCCUGCCACGUGGUGUGAGACCGCCUAGCAGCACUGCAGCAACCACCACCGGCGAAGGCCUGAGUCGACAGCAGCGCAUUGCCUAUGUCAAGGAUCAUUUCUCCGGUGAGGAGGACAUGGAGGAGGAUGACGACAUCGAAGACCUGGACGAUCUGAACGAGUCGGAUUCCACCGUCCUGUUCGACAUGAGACGUGACAAGCCAUCGCCAUCGUCCGCCACCGGUAUGACGCUCACUCAGUCUGGUAUUCCGCUGCCGGGACCGGGUCAGAGGACAGGCAUCACGAUCGAGCCGCUCGCCGUCAAGCUCCUUCCACCCAGCUCGCCGGCAUCGGCAACAUCAUCUAGCACCUCCACCGCCACUUCCACCACCACCGCUGCCUCUUCGUUAACACUCAAGGACUUGGCAGCUAGCGGUGACUCUCUCUUACCGCACCAAGCGGUUGCCGAAAUGCCAGCGUGCGCUCCCGACGAGGUUCUGGUCUCCAGCCGUCCGGGGUCCAGGGAGAGUGAUCUGCGCGGCGGGAGAUCGGAGUCCAGGGCCUCCCACGAUGCUGUGGAGAGCCGAGCAGUGCGCGUCGAAUCCGAUCCUCUCGACAGGCCAGCUUCGCUUCAUCCCGUUGGGCAGCAGCUAGUUGGGACUCCGCCGAUCGGUUCCAAGGUCGGCGUGCAUGCCUCUCUGCCCCUACGCAGCAAUUUGUCUCUCGGCGGUGCGAUGCGCAUGCCAAGGUCCGUGUCCGCACCCGCCCCCACCUCUCUUGAUAAUGGCGGACCGUUGUCGCUGAAGGACCUAAGGCGGUCGUCCGUUGAUGAAGGUGAGCACGACGCAGAGGUCAUGAGCGUUGUGGUGUGCGAUCAAAACACUUCCACGACGACCAUCGUCAAGACGCCAGUGUCCAGCGCUGGCAAGGAGCUCACCCUGGAGGCUGCUGCGACUGCAGGUGCUUCGGGAAUGACGUCAUCGUCGCCGUUCGAUGUGCUGCAGUCGCCGGCGUCGUACCGCAAAGCCGCUGCUGCCGCGGCCGCAUCCUCCACCGCUACUGCUAUGCAAGACGGUCAGACUGCCACGGGUGGUGACCCCCCUGGCAGGUCCGUGCAGCGUCAGGAGUCGCACAUCGCCACCAGCGGCCUGUCGUCUCGCGAGCGCAGCAAGUACCGCGAGGCGCACUUCACCGUCUACCGUGGCAAGAACCGCACGUUCGAUCUCAAGCACAACUUUCCGCCCAACUCCGAGCACGGCUUCCGCGUGGCCGUGUGCAGUCGUGCCGGACAGGGCCCGUGGUCCCCGCUCACCCGGAUUGCCAUCCCAGGACCGGCAUUCACAUGGAACACACGUACUUGUCAUCGUCAAGUGAGAAUCAGUGAUGACUGCCUGACCGCCAGCAUAGGAUCCAAUCGCUUCUGGGUAACCGUUGGUGCUGACACGGUGCUGGACAAAGGUUGCCACUACUGGGAGUGUGUGCUGAAACAGUACGGCGAACCCAGUCGUAACUGGAAGGUGGUCGUCGGUGUUGUGGCGGCCAAGGUUCCCGAAACGGUGUGGAAACGCGACAAGGCAACCAUUGGCAUUUUGCGUCACGGCAUGAGCGCGUCGUCCUGGGGCUACGUGACGGCACAGGGCAAGAAAGUCAGUUCAGUGACGACCACCAGCUGGGGUAGCGAGUACGCCGGUACCGGCGCGCACGGACGAUGCUCUGAAGGCGAUACCGUGGGCGUUCUUCUAGACCUGGAUACGGGCACACUGGAGUUCUAUCACAACGGCCACAGUCUCGGCGUGGCGUUCGAUAACGUCAAAGUUCCCGUCAUACCGGCCGUCUCCUUCUACCACGACAAAGCUGUGGAGCUGCGGUUUGCACCACCGCCGCCUCUGCUGUGAGUGUGAUGUGCUGGCUGUGCUCUUGAGGGUUUGUACUGGACGGCCGCCUGUUACCGUGUUAAAAUUAACACGAUCACCUCGCUGGCAGAGAUGAGCGAUGGGGUGAUUUUAACGGUGAUUUUAGAUGCUGCCAUUUUUCUACGAAG